AUGUCUUCCGUUCGUUCUCGCCUGAGCAUCCUGGCUGCGGCUCUGGCCGCCUUGCCCGGCGCCCUCUCCGAUUGCGUGUCGUAUGGUAUUGAUUUCCAGAACGGGGGCUCCUACUUCAUCAACAAAGCCUUGGCAGAGAACUUCACUGCGGUGUCCGAGUUUGAGGGCUGUGCUGGCGGGACGGCCGAUGUUCUCCUUGUUGAUCCCAACUAUGCCGAGUACAUCUGCACCGACGUCCCCGUCACGCCCGAUGACACGCCUCAGCUGUCGAGCUGUCCGAUCUUGAAGAGCCAGAUGUUCAGCGGAGACUGGCUCGUCAUUGUCUUUGGCAACAACGGGCCUAACAAAGACGACGCUCCGUACGCAUACCAGCGCGAGCUCUUCCUCACCGUCGGGAGCCAGGUCACCAGCACCUUCACUUCGACAGUCACCUGGGAUGUCACGUCGACGCCCAUUGUCACGUCGAACCUGACUUCGACGCUUUUGGUGACGGACACGGUGCCCAACACACAGACCAUCACCUCUCCAUCUGCCACGGCCAAGAAGACGGUGACUCCCAAGGCCGUCACGUCGUGGGUCACCUGGGUCAAGACCAGGACGAGGCAUAGCUGGACCAAGAGCCUUACCACGGUGACCAAAACCAAGACGGCCAGCUGCACCGUCCCGCCCAAGCCGUCGCAGCACGACCCCACUGCAAAGUACACUCCCACUCGGGUCACGGUCGCAGCGCUGCAGUCCGGCUCGCCCGUGCGGGUUCGCAAUGUCGUCGACACGCCCAUGGACCCCAGCGUGGCUCGCCGCAUGAUCCGCGAGGCUCGCCUGAGGCGCGGCAUGUCAAUCCCCGACCGCCUCAACGAGCGCGAUUUGGACGAGCGUGCUCCUGACGAGGCGACGGUCAUUGUCACGGCCGACACUGUGGUGAACACAACCAUCACGCACACUGCCGCUCCUUCGACCACGACCGAGACCAUCCUUACCACGCAAACCGUCUCGACCACUCUCCCGCCCAGCACCGUCUACUCGGGCAGGACCACCGUCACCAUUACCGCGCCGACGCCGACGAAGACGAGGACCAGCAUCUCGUACACGACCAUUACUGCCAUCAAGACUCUUUACAAGACUUGGACAUACACGACCACGGUAACGCCGACCGAGUCCGUGAAAGCCUGCACGUCCAAGGGCGGCCACAUUCUCCCCACGCCCAAGUGGAGGGCGGUGUAG